UGGCGUCUCUGGUUGCUAGGCUACAGAACUGUUCACGGUUGUGCUUUAGUGGCGUACGAGCGAGUUUAGACUUGGAGUGAUACACUGAUUUCUACAUUUAUGUGAUAGGUGACCCCGCGUAACGACAACAGUGGCUGGAAAACUGUCGCGGAAAUUCUCUCACUUUGGCAACAAGAAGCCCAAUUUUUGCUGAUGCUAGGUGGCUGACGUUAGCAUUUGUUGAUGGAGCGAGCCGACCGGCGACUUGUGAAGAAUCAACCAUAUGACGAGAGUGUGGAGGUGAGUGACUCGGCAGAGGAGGCGAGUAUCCGCGGCCAGGCUGACCGCGGGAGGAACAGGAGGGGGCGCAGCAUGUUAUCCAGCAACAACAGCAGCAGUGACGAGAUGGACGAAGAUCGUGAGCCUCCAAGGGCCAAAGGGCCAGUCAGCAGGCAGCCUGGGGUCAGCCCCAACGAGGAAGACGACGAAGAUGAGGAGGAAGAGUCAGAGGAUGCGGACGAUGACGACGACGACGAUGAUGAUGAUGACGAUACCGGCGAGGCACCUGAGGGCGCGUACGACCCCGCCGACUAUGCCAACCUGCCCGUCAGCACCGAGAUCAAAGAUUUGUUCCAGUACAUCGUGCGGUACUCUCCCAAGUCCAUCACACUAGAACACAGCCUGAGACCCUUCAUCCCGGACUUCAUCCCGGCUGUGGGCGACAUUGAUGCCUUUCUUAAGGUGCCAAGGCCGGACGCCAAAGCAGACGGGCUGGGCCUUCUGGUUCUAGACGAGCCCAGUGUGAAACAAUCGGACCCCACUCUCUUGUCACUGUGGUUGUCCGAAGAGACCAAGCAGCAUGCCACCAGCGAGCUGAAGGUGACCAGUGUGUCCAGUCCUCAAGCUAACCCUCGUGCCGUGGACAGCUGGGUGGAGAGCAUCGGCGCCCUUCACCGCUCAAAGGCGGCGGCCAGCGUGCAAUACGCACGCGCCAUGCCCGACAUCGACGCCCUCAUGCAGGAGUGGCCACCAGAGGUGGAGGAGACCCUGGGCCGCGUACGCCUGCCCCCUGCCCGCCUCUGCUGCAGCCUGCCGCAGUACUGCGACAUCGUGUGCGCCCUGCUUGACGUCCCCGUCUACUGCAGCCGCAUCCAAGCGCUACACCUGCUCUUCAGCCUCUUCCUUGAGUUCAGAGACUCGCAGCACUUUGCACGCACUUGACCAUGUGCGUAGUGAUAUUUUUCAUGACUUCCUUGUGAAAUCACGUUCAAGUGUGCUUAUAAGGUAACUUCCCUUACUGACCCAGGCUGAACUUUGUAUCACCCAAACUAACUAAGAGUCUCUUAAUCGCUUAAUCCCGUCAUGACUCGCCACCAUGGAUCAUAUAUGCCGUCCAGCCUGCUCUUAAACUAUAUCACCAGGGAAUGUUGUAGAUGUGUUUGUUUGAAAAUAAAAACGGUUUUGAUAUUUAUA